CAAAGCUUGGCAUCUCCAAUUUCUUUCAAUCGUUGUUUAGAAACGCGUCACAGUCCUUCACAUACAACAUACAGCUCACAGUUGCCCAAGGCUCUCAGUCCUCAACCACUGCAUCUGGGCAUCUCCGUGCAUACGCGAAACCACACUAUGGCCACUGCUGGAACAACGACCAGGGAGCCGCAGAGAUGGAGUGUCCUUGAGAGCAAUGUGGCCCCAGGCCUGCUGAACGGCCUGAACAGCAUGGGUUACCAGUGAGAAAAACGUUCAUGACACCGGUUCAGGAAAAAGUGCUCACCGAGCUACCGAACUAUCAAGCCGACUGCCUCGUCCAAGCUAAGACUGGGACUGGCAAAACAAUUGCAUUCCUACUGCCAGCGCUGCAGUCACUACUCGCCUCGAAUCAAAAUAUUCCGAAAGGCCAGGUUGCGAUCCUCAUCCUCUCACCUACUCGUGAGCUUGCACUGCAAAUCGCGAAAGAAUGCAAUGCAGUCACAGCCAAACUCCAACCGAAGAUCGAAUGUCAUACCGCGUACGGUGGUACCUCAAAGGAGCGUGAUCUGAAAACAUUCCUCGGUGGUGACCCAAAGGUCUUGGUGGCGACUCCCGGUCGACUAAAUGACUACCUCAACGAUGAAUACAUCGCCCAUAAAUUUCAAUCCAUUCGCACUUUGAUUCUGGAUGAAGCGGAUCAAAUGCUAGAGGCCGGUUUUCUAGUAGCCCUCAACGACAUCUUGCGCCGACUCCCACAGAAGCAGCAAGCCAAUUGGCAAGGCAUGUGUUUCAGCGCCACUAUUCCUCCAAAAAUCCAACCUGUGCUGUCAAAAGUCCUGAAGAACGACCACACUCGUUUAUCGACCGUUGAUCCUAACGAGACGCCAACAAUCGAUCGUGUACCCCAGUUUUUUGCGGUUGUGCCGUCAGUCAGCGACGUGUAUAAUGCACUCUGGGCGCUCCUGCAGAUGGAAUACAAAUCCACUGUCGGCGAUUUCAAGGUCAUUGUUUUCGGGACCACAGCCAAUGGCGUGGCACUUAUGCAUUCGCUAUUCACCAAUCUGCUUGCAAGCAAUUCAACGCUCCAAGUCUUCCAGCUCCAGUCGCGACUCACUCAAUCGAACCGCACACGAACAACCAAUGAAUUCAAGGAGGCCAAAGCUGGCAUCAUGUUUGCAAGUGACGUUAUCGGCCGUGGAAUGGACUUCCCGAAUGUCUCGCAUGUCGUCCAGGUGGGUCUGCCAUCCAGUGGCGAUCAGUACGUCCACCGAGUUGGUCGUACCGCGCGCGCCGGAAACGAAGGUCGCGCAUUCAUAAUCCUGACACAACGCGAACGCUUUUUUUUGCAUGUCAACAAGCGUCUCCCCAUUCAACCUUACCCUGUAGAUCUUCUCGAAGACCUAGCGUUGAGCCAACCCCGUGAAUUAGCCGCAGCUUUCACAGGCGUUGAUCAGCUCACCAAGGCAAAAGCAUAUCAGGCCUGGUUGGGUUUCAACAAAUCUUUUACAAAACAACUCCAGUUCGAUAACAACAUGCUCGUUCAAGAGGCCAAUGAAUAUGCACGAGCGAUGGGCUGUCCCGAACCUCCUUUGAUUGACAGAACGGUUGUCGGAAAGAUGGGCCUUAGAGGUGUGCAAGGCUUGAACAUUGGCCAUAUUGAACGAAGUGGUGGCGGUAGAGGAGGACGUGGUGGUGCCCGUGGAGGUCAAGGUGACAGUCGUCGGGGAGGUCGACGCGGUAAAAAGUAGAGAUUUGUUCUGUCCUCAUUGCAUAUUUGACGUGUGGACGAGGAAGGACUUCGUGAAUAUGGCAGGUCUCAGACAGAGAGAGCCUACCCGCACGUAGAACUGC